AUGCCCGCUUACCGAACAGGUGGAAGACGGCAGAAUCGCACGGGCUAUGUCGACCAUGAUAUACUCGAGGGAAUUCCAGUAAGACAAUGGCGCCGCGAAUUUGUGACAGUGGCACCUCCACCUCCUCAGGAAAGCAGUGCCUCUCAGAACGAUAUUUGGGCAAAAGAGUUGCCUUGGGGAAUGCCAAAAGACUCCCACUUAUUACCGCAACAUAGUCAAGAUUUGCUACGCGCUGCGCGAUCUGGAAAGAUAUACAAGCGACCUACUCCUAUGGAUGAAGAAGAACAAGAUCUUGAAGCUAUUCUAGGAGACAAGCCGGACAAAAAAGAGGAGGAAACUAGAGAUAGCGGUUUUACAGCCCGUGCCUGGAAGCAGAUUCCUGGUCACCAAAAUGCGUCGGAUAUGGACUUUCUGGCCAAAAGAAGGAAGGGAUUAGGCUCUACAAUUCCUAAACCUGCUCCAGUUCCCACAGUUGUACAAACCACAGUUCGCAGGACGGAUGCUGCAGGCAAUGAGUACCUGGAAAAAGUCAUCGUGCCCCAUGGCCAAACUGUUGUAGGGGAUGUUGUUUCUCAAACAACCAUUCCUGAUCCAAACGCGAUCGAGGGUACGCCAUUCCGACGCAAGGGCCCAGUUGGUAAGAAAGGGAAACGAGGCCCCGGAAGGGGACGAAAGAAGAUAUUGCCUACUUCUACCCCCAAUGUAACUAGCGAACCAUUGGGUCAGAAUGGCGAUGCGGCAAACUCCCACUUAGGAGCUGAUGGAAUCAAAAUCGAAGGUGAAGGUGGUGUGACUCCAGCGAAGAACCUCGAUACCGAGAUGAUAGAUGACUCAAAUCCGGCUUCGGAUGACGAUGACGGGGAUGAAGGCGACCAAGGUGAUGAUGAUGAUGAUUCCGUUGAUAUCCAUAAUUCUCCAUCGAGACCACAUAGAGACUCUUCCCAAGACCAUAACAUUUCGACUACGCAAGAAAUUCCAAAAUCGAGUAGCGUUGAUGUCAUGAUGGGUGGCACUGAUAUUCCCGGGCCUACGAAAUUGGAACUAGAAAGAGUAAAGGAUGAAGGGAAAUUCGGUAGUCCCUUGAAGCAAAUAGCAUUGACUACAUCCACAGUCAACACUCCUACGGUGUCCCCUACCGAAACUACUUCGCGGGAGCCCAUAUCAUUUUCAACCGAGAAUACUCAUGUUCCAUUGGCUCCCGUUGAAAAAAUCAACCAGGAAAUGCUAUCAAUAGCGGAAGUCUCCGCCCCAACCGAGCUACCCCCCAUUCCGCCCCAUCCCACCAAAGAGCAUGAGGAGGUAUCCGUGGAACUCCGUGCUGAAGAGGAGGAGGAGGAAGAGAUGCUGCUUGAUAUCCUCGAAAAUACAGGAAAUCCCCAGGUCGGUGCAGCAAACCUAAUAGAGGCCGAGAUUCCAAGUCUUAGUCCCGCUGUUCAAGCUUCAAUUCAGUCUCCCGUCAAACUUUCACCUGUAGCGGAAGAGAAAACCCCUCAGAAUUUUGCAGAGCCUUCCCCAACACCUGUCGUUGAAGAACUACCUACGGUAUCUAGCCAAGCCACGGCUCCAAUCGAAGAAGCAGAACAGCCAAUAGCAACAGUUUCAUCCACUUCUCCUGUCAGGGAAAUAGAGCAGCCAGUAGCAACAACUUCUACCGCUCCUCUGGUCAAAGAAGAGGCUCAGCCAGCUGUCUCAACUUCACCGCCCCUUGUAGCACCAGAAGCUACUGACCUUGCCGAGGUCGUCGUGGAACCAACUGAGAUUUCCCCGCCAACUGAGGAAACCAAACAAGCUGAACCGACUGAACAAAACGAGCCGGUCGAACCAAGUGCAUCAACUGAGCCAAAAGAGUCAGUUGAGCCGGAGGUGGUACAUGAGUCGAAUGAUAUAGACAUGAUAGACGAGUCAAAUAAGCCAGACGUGGUACAUGAUUCAAAGGAUAUAGAGAUGACAAACGAUUCAAAUGAAUCCCAUGAGCCUAAUGAGCCACACGUGGCAGAAGAGCCAAUUAUACCAGCAGAACCAGUCAAGCCCACAGGCGAAGAAGAAGAUGAAGAUGACUUUCCGGAUUUAUUAGGUGGUCUAGAGAGGAAUCUCUACGGUAGCUCGCAGCCGCCUGCCACCUCUCUAACAUCAGCGGUACCAUCAGCAUCAAUCGCAUCAGAGCCUACAGAGCCCAUAGAGCCUAAAGAACCUGCAAAGCCCACAGAGCCUAUAGAGGAGAACAUCCCAUUACCUAAGGAGGUAGAGAGUGAUACCAAAACAGAAGAGAAGGAGAAGGAUGUAGAGGUCGAAGAAGAAACCUCAACAUCUUGA